UGGCUUAGGAACAGUCGGCGUAGGGGUGGCGCGUCAUUCGCUGUCGGUAGAGCGAGGCGGCCGGCUCUCUCACGCGCUGAAACUUUCAGUCGCGCGCUCCGUCCAUCGACGCAUACACACGUAAACUUCACAUAAACUUCUUUUAAAAACUUUCAAAGCAGAAUAUCUCAAUAUUUAAUCUAAAUCUCAACACAUGUAAUAUUAAAAUCUUAUUCAUAAAACCCGUCAAGUGAACGAUUACAAACACCGUGCUCACAAACUUUGCAAUACUUUUGUAAAGUGACAAAGACGAACAAUAGUUUAUAAAGUCAAACGGUAUAAUAAGCGACUACAUACCCUCUAAAAAGUGAUAAAUGGCUGUUUGUAGAUCAAAUCAGUUUCGUUCAUGUGAUGUGAAUUUGUCCGAGUUGAGACAUGCGAAAAUAAGGUGUCAUUGUUGAAGUGUUUCGUGAGCACAAACAUGUCAUUCAAGUGAAGUGAUAUAUAAAAUAAAAAUAACAGAGUUUGUGUUAGUAAUUACUUUGUGCGGCAAGGUUAAAAAAUCUGUAAGUGCGCAAUGUCAACUUUGGGAGCGGGGACAAGCAUGCUAAUCGUAUUGCAAACAAGCUAAGGUAGCUGAAGCGGUGUGCGCUGUAUGCCUACCGUGUUAGCACAGUGCGCCGGCGAGGCCCCGAGAACAAAGAAUAAAGAACGUUAUCAUCCAAGCCGCAAGCCGCCAAGCUGCUUCAAGCAGCUACACGCUUCAAAAUGGACUCAAGUACAUCAAGUUCUGCACAAGACGAAGAAGCAGAUUGGUCAGUGAAUGCGACCAUUGAAGAAUAUUUAGGAAAUAAUGGAACUAAUGAUACAAUUGAUACGUUAUACGACGUUCCAACUAGCAUGAUAGUUCUGCUAUCGUUCCUCUACGGGUCGAUAUCAGUUUUGGCAGUUGUGGGUAAUUUUCUGGUCAUGUGGGUAGUGGCUACCUCUCGUCGAAUGCAAAGUGUUACCAACUGCUACAUAGCCAAUUUAGCACUAGCAGACAUAGUUAUAGGUCUGUUCGCUGUUCCAUUCCAAUUUCAAGCGGCGUUGCUGCAGCGAUGGCUCCUACCGCACUUCAUGUGUCCUUUCUGUCCGUUCGUCCAAGCUCUCAGCGUCAACGUGAGUGUGUUCACGCUUACUGCUAUCGCGGUAGACAGACAUCGAGCUAUCAUCACGCCGUUGAGCGCCCACACAUCUAAGCGGGUAGCAAAAGUGAUAAUAGUCUUUAUAUGGGUUCUGGCAUUAUCGUUAGCGGCUCCAAUGGCCAUGUUUUGGGUCGUCAUCAUGGAGGAUGAAGUGGAUCCAGUGACGAAAAUAACUUAUAAGAAGCCGUUCUGUGCUCCCAGUGAAUUCGGUUCCAAUUCGCUAUCUAUAUACAGACUACUGUUGUAUAUAUUCCAGUACGUAAUCCCGUUGUUCGUGAUAACUUUCGCCUAUGCGCAUAUGGCGAUGAAAUUGUGGGGUGCGCGGGCACCAGGCAAUGCGCAGGAGUUGCGAGAUGCAAACCAUAUGAAAAACAAGAAAAAGGUUAUAAAAAUGUUGGUAUUAGUCGUGGCGCUUUUCGCAUUAUGCUGGCUGCCUCUACAGAGCUAUUUACUUCUGCAAUCUUUUUUCCCUUCUAUUAAUGAGUACAGAUACAUAAAUAUACUAUUCUUCUGCUUCGACUGGCUCGCGAUGAGUAACUCCUGCUACAACCCUUUCAUCUACGCUAUUUACAACGAAAAGUUCAAGAAAGAAUUUAAGCAGCGGUUUACCUUCGGACAGAAGCCGAAUAGAUAUGCCAAUGACAGUUACGAUGAUGGCCAUUCGUACCGUACUCGUGUAUUGUCUUUCCGCUCGACCAAUGAGCGAAUGUAUUCGACAAGAAAGUCAAUCAACAUGCCGGUAGAUUCGCUAAAGCCUCCGUUGAGGAACGCCUGCCAAUGUUUGAGGACACAGAAUAGCAUCAGAACGGAGAACGGAUUCCACGGCAAUGGAAACAGACUGGGUUGUAAUUUAAACAAUAAGAGGGACAUAAAUAAGCUUAGAGCAUCAGGGAAACGCCCACUUAGUGAAAAUGAUGUCCCAAUAGGCGACGAAAGAGUAAGCGAACUGUAUAUAUUUCCAAACAGCAAUAUCGUCGAAUUCACAGACAUAUCUUACGACGAUAAAGUGUAGAAACAAAAUUUCCAUUAGAUUAUAUUUAAAUAAGAGUUUUAUUUAUUGAAUUAAGGAAACAUUGUGAUGUGAUAGA